UAUAUAUUUAACAUUUACCUGUAUGGUUGAAUUUAACAGUUAAAUUCAACACUAAGAUAAGAUAUUUUAUAAUUCUUUGCUAAACAUUACUCUCAGAAAAUGCAUUGAAUGAUUUUGUGACUUUUUAAAUCUGGCAUUACUCAAAUGGGUUUAAACUGGGAAACUAAGAUGACAUUUUACAAACAUCUUAUAUAAAACGAUGAAACUGUUCUUCCCACAUCACACCUGAUUACUGACGGGUGUUCUUCCUGCGACCUGGGAUGUGGAAGUUUGGUCCUGCUGAGGGGAGGCUGUAGUAUUGCGGUGUCUCUUUAAAGGAAGGGGGAGUGUAGCAGGGGACAGAGGACCGAGAUGAAUAGAAGGCACCAGAACCACCUACCAUGACCAAGUGCGCUGUAAAUGUAGGACAGAAAUUCGAGUGGACCACAAGCGGAUCGUCGGGUGACAGAUUCGGGGAAAUAAAAACAUGUUGGGAUGCGCCUCGCCGCCUGACUCCAGCGUUUUCACCCGCGGCACCACAUGCGAUCAUGGGCGCACAGGAGAAGUCUUUAUCCUCCCAAACAUUUCUUGCGUUUUGAGGCGGAAGAGAAGAGUGGCAGCAGAACGCGUCCCCGUGCUCUCCGAUUAUCAAUGGUAGGCAUUGCAUAAUUCACCCUUAUCCACCGGAGCCGUUUGGUUCCUCCUCUGUGGGAAGAGAGGGGGGGACGCCAGAAAGCAAAAAAAAAAGAAAAAAAAAGAAAAGAAAAACCCGACUCCAUCCUGUGGCUGCCUCUUUUUUUUUUUUGGUGCUGCCUUGCACAAUUGUUUGGCAAUGCCCUCUUCUCUCUUAGGAAGGACUUGCGGACAGUAGCCGGGGGGAAUGAUGCAUUUGACGCUGGAUGUGUGCUGCAUUCAGGGAGAUUCGCCAGUGAUCGCGGCUCAGGCAGGAACAGCGAGUGCGGAGGGCCUGGGAAGCACCCAGCCCCACGAUCUCCCCCUUUUCCUCCCCCCCUGCAGGACCAUGCUUGCGUGAGGGAUGAGGCUGUGCACGGGGACACCAGGCCAGAGCUGCGGCCUACUUCUCACAAGAGCCGGUCUCCCGACUGCAAGACCCGUGAACACAUCACCGCCACCAUCAAAUCAGCAUCUUUGGUCAUCAGGUAGAUCCAGGAGCAUGAGCAGGACUUUGAGCUGCGGGAGCAGAUGUCUGGGUAUAAGCGCAUGCGGCGGCAGCACCAGAAGCAGCUGAUCGCCCUGGAGAACAGGCUAAAGGCCGAGAUGGAUGAGCAUAGGCUCCGGCUGCAGAAGGAACUAGAGACACAUGCGAACAACACUUACAUUGAGCUGGAAAGACUGGCCAAGCGGCACGCUGCUCAAACGGACAAAGAGAUGAAGUCAGUCGCAUCAGAAGAGCGGAGGAUCCAGCAACAGAUUGUUGCUCAGCAGAAGAGGGAGCUGACGUCUUUCUUAGACAGCCAGAAGAAGGAGUACAGGCUUUGCAAAGACAAGAUCAAAGAAGAGAUGAGUGAGGACCCUUGCACACCCAAGGAGGAGAAGCAGGAGCGUCUGUCCAGGCACAAAGAAACAAUGCAGCGCUCUCAGGCCGAGGAGGAAGCUCACCUGCUGGCCCAGCAGAGGCUGGUCUACGACCGGAGCUGCAGGGCCCUCAAACGCCGGAGUGUGUUCAGGAAGCAGGAGUUUGAACAGGAGCAACUGAGAGAGGAGCUGAACAAGAAGAGGACCCAGAAGGAGAUGGAGCAUGCCCUGAUGAUCCGGCAGGACGAGUCCACACAGGACCUGGAGCGCAGGCAGCUGCACAUGCUGCAGAAGCUGCGCAUUGAGCUCAUGCGGCUGCAGCAUCAGACGGAGCUGGAGAACCAGGAGGAGUACAACGGCCGGCGGCAGAGGGAGCUGCACAGGAAACACAGUCUGGAGCAGCGGCAGCAGCCCAGAAACCUCAAGGCGCUGGAGAUGCAGAUCAAGAAACAGUUCCAGGACACGUGCAAGGUGCAGAACAAGCAGUACAAAGCUCUUCGGAACCAUCAGCUGGAGGUCUCCCCCAAGGGCGACCACAAGAACAUCCUGAGAUGCCUGAAAGAGGAGCAGACGCGCAAGCUGGCCGUGCUGGCCGAGCAGUACGAGCAGAGCAUCAACGAGAUGAUGGCGUCACAAGCGAUGCGACUGGACGAGGAGCAGGAAGCCGAGUGCCAAGCUCUGAAGCAGCAGCUGAAGCAGGAGAUGGAGCUGCUGGACGCCUACCAGAGGAAAACCCAGUCGCAGAUGGAGGCCCAACACGAGCGGGAGCAGCAGAAACUGGAGCAGAAGGUCUCCAUACGCAGAGCGCACCUUGAACAGAAGAUUGAGGAGGAACUGGCCGCUCUUCAGAAGGAGCGUACCGAGAGGAUCAAGCACUUGUUGGAACGUCAGGACAGAGAAAUGAACGCCUUUGACUCAGAGAGUAGAAGUCUCGGCUUCGGAAGCCUGGGAUCUCUGGACUUCGCCAAAGAAGACGACAGAUGAAAGUGGACUUAUCUCUGGAGGAGAACAUAUCCACGCCCCCUUUUCACGUCCACCCCGCCGCUUGUCGCGCCACCCCCCUCCCCCCCUCCCCCACGGUGACGAAGCUGGAUAACUUUCUCUUAUUGCUUUUCUUCUCUCGCAGAUAUUGCAUCUUUGAAUCGAGGGUGUCUCGUGCAAUGAGAACUUCUUUUGUGAAACUUGAAGGGGGAAGUAAAACAAAAGAAGCAGCAACAACAACAACAACAACAACAACAACAACAUGUCAAUAAAAAUCAAACCUAGUCAGUGUAACUCAAAACCUACGUGUUCAAAACAAAACAACAGACUCUUUUUUCUUUUGGUUUUCCUCCAUGCCAUUUCCUCCUUUUGGUAUGAAAUGAAUAAAUCAGGAAAUUUUAGUAAAAUGGGCACUUUGAUAUGUUUAAGUAGAAACCCAUCAUGUUCAUAUGAUGCUAAAUGUGUGUGUUACAUGGAGGGACGUUGUGGAAUGUGAGCUGCGGACUCCCCCGUGGUGUUAAGCUGCUUUGUCUUUUAAGUUACGAGGUUAAUUUCAUUUAGUUUGAUUUAUUUUAUGCUCUGAAUGUGGAUAAUAUUACUGUAUGGGGUCACUGGAUAAAGUCAGAGUUUAUUCAUUUUUACUUUUAUUUAUUUUUUUAUAUUUUCUUCCAUAUUGUGCUUAUGCA